AAAACAAAGUACUAUGAUCGAUGAUAAUUAUAAUAAUAAAGAAGAACUUUAACCAAAAAGAAAACAAUCCCCACAGAAAUUAAAUUGUGGGACAUGGAAAAGUUGGAAAACAAGAAAGAAGCCAUUCUUCUGCUGCUUGCUGUUUCAGGCUUCAUUUCUGUAACAAAAUGCAUCCUCAAAUUCAUCACCUGGACAUGGAAAAUGUUCAUAAGGCCACCAAAGAAUCUACUCCAAUACGGUUCAUGGGCUGUGAUCACUGGUCCAACAGAUGGAAUUGGCAAAGCGCUCGCAUUUGAAUUGGCAUCCAAAGGUCUGAAUCUAGUCCUGAUUGGAAGAAACACUUCGAAGCUUGAUGCCACAGAACACGAAAUCAGAAAUCUACAUCACCACAAAGUUGAAAUCAAGAAGGUCGUUUUCGAUUUCGCCAAGUGUUGUUAUGGCAUCGGAGAAAAUCAGGUUGAUGAUGAAAUUGAGGAUGCAAUAAGAGGGUUGGACGUGGGGAUAUUGAUUAAUAAUGCGGGUUUGGCAUAUCCAUAUGCGAGGUAUUUUCAUGAAGUGGAUGUUGAAUUAAUGGAGAGUAUAAUCAAAGUGAAUAUUGAAGGAGUGAUUAGAGUUACAAAAGCAGUGAUUCCAAUAAUGUUGAAGAAGAAAAAAGGUUCGAUUGUGAAUAUUGGAUCUGCUUCUUCUGGUGUUGUUCCUUCCUAUCCUCUCUACUCCAUUUAUGCUGCUACCAAAGCUCGACGCUCUCAAGGGUUCAUUCGUUCUGGAGAUGAUUUUAUUUUUUUCUUUUCUUUUUUUUUUUUUUGUUUACAUUUAUACAGUGGAUUCAAUCAGCGGGGAAAAUUAGUUUUGUGUUAUUUAAUUCUUUUUUAUUAUCAUUUUCUUCUUUCUUUCUUUUCUUUUAUCUUUUUUCGGGGCACAGAUACGUCGCAAUGUUCUCAAGAAGCAUGAGUUUAGAGUACAAGCGAGAUGGGAUUGAUAUCCAAUGCCAGGUUAGUUCUUAACUACUUGUUGGAUUUUAUCUAAAGUUAAUCCCUUAAAGACAAAACUAAAUGCUGUACUGUGAAAGUAAAAAUCAGUAGUUACCAGCGUGUGAUUCUAGUUUGGUGGUAAGAUCCAACUCAAAGUCAAACUUUUUUAGAAACGAAUAAAAAAGUUAUUAUCUAGUUUUGAACAAGAAAAACUUAUUGUCUCUUUGGUAAAAUGAAAAAUUUUAAGUUUCACGAUUAUAACAUCUCUUCAAAUUCUCUUCAUUCUUAAUUAUAGGUUUCAAAUUAAGACUAAAAUUAAUUUAAAUUUGUGUUUUAUAAUUAUAAUAUGAGGACCAAAUAUUAGUGGACUUAUUUUGACUAUUUUAUUGUUAGCGACAAUUGCAAGGUACGUAUAAAUGUAUUUUUGGCUACAUUUGUUUAAAAAACUUUAUUGACACCUCCAAAGAAGGGGGAGGGGCGUAAUAUAGUUAUUUGGAAUAUUUUAUUACUAGUGAUAAUUGUAAGAUGUGUAUUUGUCAGGGCGCCGAUUUGAUUAUUUUUGACUGGUCAUGCACAACGUGAGGUGGCUUUGGAAUCUUUUCUAUUAUAUAUUUUUUUCUCCCAUCUUUUAUAUUUUUGAGGUACUUUUUUGCAUCUUCAAUAGGAAAAACAAACACUUAAAACCUCCUUGCCUCAUCAUAAGAUCAAUGAACUUGUUAAAUAUUGUCCUUCACAAAAAUAUUGGUAUGACAAAUGAACUAUAUUUCAUUUGAUAACCGUGGAGACUAAACCAAGUAGUAAAUUCAAACCUGAAAAAGAAAAGUUAUUGAAGGCUUAAGCCAUCUAUAAAUUCAUUCUUAGGGUGGUUUUUUUUUACAUAUUACACAUUCGGUGUUAGAGUCAUUUUCCAAUCCAAUCUGAAUUGAGUCCCCAGCUCCCUCGUAGUAGUAACUAAAGUGUAGCUCUGUCUUGAGUAAAAAAAAAAUUUUAAUUUAUGUUUUAUAAUUAUGAUCUGAGGAGUAAAUAUUAGUGGACUUAUUUUGACUAUUUUAUUGUUACUGAUAAUGGCAAGGUACGUAUAAAUGUAUUUUUCUCUUGUUUAAAAAUCUUUAGUGAUACCUCAAAAAAGGAGGGGGAAGUAAUGUAGUUAUUUGGAAUAUUUUAUUAUUAGUGAUAGUUGUAAGAUGUGUAUUUGUCAGGGUGCUUGUUUGAUUAUUUGAGUGGUCAUAACGUGAGGUGGCUUUGGAAUCUUUUCUACUAUAUAUUUUUAUUCUUUCAUUUCUUAUAUUUUCAAUGUACUUUUUUAUAUUUUCAAUUAAAAAAAUAGAUACUCAAAAAUAUUUAAAACAUAACCAGCUUGCCUCAUCAUAAGAUCAAUGAACUUGCUUAAAUAUUGUCCUUGACAAUAAUAUAGGUGUGACAAUGAACUGAAUACCGUUUCUGAUUGAUAACCGUGGAGACUAAACCUAGUAGUAAAUUUAAAACCAAAAAAAGAAAAAAAAAACUUACGAAAGGCUAAAGCCAUCUACAGAUUCAUUCUUAUGGUGUUUUCUUUUUAUAUGUUAUUACACAUUCAGUGUUGGAGUCAUUGUCCGAUCCAAUCUGAAUCGAAUCCCAUAGCUCCCUCUUAGUAUUGACUAAAGUAGCUCAGUCUUGAGUCUGAAAAUAUUUCCAAUAAUUCCUAGUUCUACAGAUUACAUUGUGAUUUUAUAUUGACUAAAAUAAUUUUAAAAAAAAAAUGAAAACAUCAAUGUUAAUAUUCUAUAUAGAUUAGUUUGGUGUGUGGUGCAAUUUCAGAUUCCGGGACUGGUGGCAACAAAGAUGGCAAGAAUAAAGAAGCCUUCGUUGUUUGUUCCAUCGGCAGAAAAUUACAGUAAAGCAAGUACAAGAUGGAUUGGUUAUGAGCAGAUAUGUGUUCCCUAUUGGACUCAUCAUCUCCAGAAAUUCGUGGUUUCAAUUCUUCCGGAGGCUUUGGUGGAUUGUUGUUUAUUGAAGUACUUUCAGGGAAUGCGUUUGAGAGGAUUCAAACGCGAUUCAACCGCCGCAUGAUUUAUUGUAACGCCAUGCGUCCAUAUGAAAAUUUACUUUUUGUUUUGUUAAUUUAUUUGGUCGAACCGAAGAUUGUGAAGGAUCACAUGUGAAUGACUUGUCGGAUUUGUUUUCUAUUUGCAAAAGUAGCACGUUUUGUUUCUUCUGUUGAUCACAAUUCUGAGUUUACAAG